GGGGGCACGGGAAGCCCCCGGGCUUAGGAAGAGCCUUCCCAGCCGGGCGGGACAGCGGGGAGGUGCUGCAGGCCUGCCCGGGAAGGGGGGCCGCUCCCCGGGGGAGGUACCUCAGGGCCCCCCUCAGGCCUGCGGGAGGCCGCAGGGCCGCCCCCGCCCCGCUCCGGCUCAACGCCGCUUGUGCUCCCUCAGGGUCGGCGGGUAACGGAGCUGCUGAACGCGGGAGCCUCCAUGCUGAACGUGACAUUCUUGAAGCGUUCCCGGUUCCACUAAUGCCUGGCAGCGCUCUGGCCCCCAGUCCCCUAUGAGUUCAUCGCUGCUGCGUUCUGCUUCUCCCCAGGCAUUUAGCCCAGAUCGCAAGAACAGCAUCAUUAGGAGACAGAGACAAGAACUCAAGCUUUUAAUUGCAGAACUGAAAGAUCGUGACAAGGAGCUCAAUGACAUGGUGGCAGUGCAUGAGAGACACAUUCAGGCCUGGGAAGAUGAUCGCCAAAAAAUACUGACUUUAGCAGAACGAUGCAGCUUAUUAACCAAUGAGCUGAACGAGAGAAAUGCAAUUAUAAAAUCACUGACCAAAAAGUUGAAGUUGUUAGAAUCCCAGCAUAAUGACAGUAAGACAACACUUGAAAACACACAACAGAAGUUUAAAGAGCUCACCCAAAAAGUAUCAGAUUCAUCUGUUCACUGCCAGGCUCUGGAGGAGAAAAAUCUGAGUCUCCACUGCUCAGUUUUGGAACUGUCUGCUAAGACAGGCCAGCUGCAAGCAAGGGAACAGGAGCUUCUCACUAUGCUUCAGCUGAAGGACAAGGCCUUAAUUGAAACAACUGAUCAGAUUACUGAGGUUACAUCCAAGUUUAAGACACUGGAAGAUGCACUGCAUGCAGCAAAGCUGGAGGAAUUCAGUCGCAACAGAAAACAGCAAGACCUCAAUCUGACCCUGAGCGAUGUCAUGUUUCAAGUGAAUAAGAUUAAAGAUGUCCUCUCUGAAAAGAUGAAAGAAAGCAGCAAGCACCAGGAGGAAAUCAGUCACCUGAAACAAGAAAAUGGCUGCUUGAGGAGUGAGCUGAUGCUGGCAGUGGAGGAAGCACAGCGAAAGGACCAACUUUAUCAGUUUGCCAAGUCCAAGCAAGUGCGGAUUGAAAAACAAUUGUCCAGUUUGCGACAGGUCUGUGUAAAACAGCAGCAGGACUUACACUUCCUUCAUGUCAACUUGGAUAGCUCUCAGGAUUCCAGGCAAAAGCAUGAAAAGGCAGCAAGUGGAAGGAGCACAGGGGCCACAUUCUCUGCCUCUGAAAGCCCCAGCGAGACAGACAUGGGUAGGACUGAGGGCAGCCACGGGAUGUGCGAGGAGUGUGGAACUGCACCAGUUCCAGCAAGUAGGGUAAAACCCACCCCUGAGAUGUGUGAAGUAGAUAAUAGACAGUUACAGAAUGCUUCAGACUUGGAGGAAACUACCUCAGCGUUCUUAAAGCGGUGUCAAAAAGUUGUGAAAGGCUUGGCUGUCCCUGCGGAAGAAGGAGAAAAGCAGGAUGUUGCAUCAAGCUUUGAUGAGCUAGACAGUGAAAAAUUUCAUGAGGCAAACAACACAAGGCCAUUGAGAAACAGGGAAAUUGGAGAGAAUGGAGUGAAAAGCAGAGACCGACAAACCUUUGAGGUGUCUUUGCCUUCAUAUGAUCAUUGGCUUAACAUAAGAUCUCAUGUAGAUUUGCAAAGCACUUUGAUCCAGAACAUCACAUCUGACAAAAGUGAUAAUGGAAAGAAAACCUGGGAAGAGAGAUCUGAAAUUGAGUCUGGCCAAGAAAGCAGAGACGCUCCUGUGACUUGCAAGUCUGAAUCUGAUUCCUGUAUUAAUAACUUAAUUGUAAAUGAAGAUGAGCGAUGGAAGCCACUAUCAGAUCUGGAAUGGCUGGAGAUUUUCAAACCCAAAAAGAGAGAUGGAAAUACACGCUGUGGUAAAGAUUACAGCUGUUUUGAGACUGCAAAAGAGAUUAAAUGUACCUGCUCAAAAAGUGAAGAAAAUCUGGAUCUGAAUUCCUACCACUUGGCUUCUCCCCAUUUGACAUCCACUCAGAAGAGUGACAUGACUCAAAAUUCCGGGAAAUCCUCUGGUGAAGACUCCCCUCUGGACAUCACUGACCUGGCAGUGACUAAACCAACAAACAGAUGCUGCAUGAACACAGAUACCAGUUCCCUGUUCUGGAAGCUGGAGUGCUUGCUGGCCCAGUCCCGACAGAUGCUUACUGAUCUGGAGCUCAGCCUUCUCCACACCAGCCCCUCCUGCAUUCCCAACACCAACAACAUGAAUAAGUUUUUUUACAUUACAAUGGAAACAACAGAGCUUGCAGAAACUCUUCACAGAAGCCAGUUAUCUGCUGCAGAAGAAAGAGAUGCUAAGCUUCUUUUUUUUCUCUGUGAUGUUCCGUGAGCAUGAAGGUGUUUUCAGCUUCAUCUUUUAUUGUUUGCUUCCCUCUAUAUAAAUGCAUCUGCAAUAUUAAUACACUUUAUAGAUUUCUGAGGUGGGCCUGGCACAGGAUUCGAAGUGCAUUUCCAAUAAAACUCUUGUGAUUACUGUAACAGCAAACAGAUAUUAAGGCAGCAAGUAGUUCCUUUAGUCAAAUAAUUAAACUUUUCUCAAGCAUGUUCCUCAUCCUCAGGGCAGUCAGAUCUCACAGCUUCAUUCCCCAGUACCUGCACCCUCCUUACUGUAGUUAAAACCCUUCUGUGUGUUACAGAUAACAGGAUCAAGGAUGUGAACAUUGUUGAAUGAGAGAUUGGGAAGUUUUUUCCAGUGCCAAGGCCAAGGGCUGUUUUAGGAUACUGUUCCUGGGCUCAGCCCCAGAAGUAGAAUGUAUUGAAUAGAGCUGUUUCAGAAUAUCCAAAGCAGCCUUACCCACAGCAGAUUGUUUUUUUCUUU